AUGAAGUUAAAUCAUGUGGCACAGUACUGGCUCAUAACAGAUGACUAUGUUAAGCUCCUGGCCACCUUCACUACAACGAAAAAGUUUCCAGGGCAGAUGCCUGAGGCCUCCUGCCUUCCACCAGCACCUCCUACUCCACCCCCACCUCUAUCCCGCCUCCCACCUCCCACAACCCGCAUCCAGCCUCCCACCUACAGUCCCCCGCCUCUUACUUCCUGCCUCCCGCCUGCUGCCUCUCGCCCCCUGCCUCUCAACUCGCACUGCCCGCUUCCUGCAUCCCGCCUCCUGCCUCCCACUUUCUGCCUCACACGUCCUACUUUCCGCCUCACGCAUCCCAUGUACUGGGGGUGGGAAGCAAUCAGUGGGCCUACUUUGGCGACUGCCGCCCCACCCUGCAUUAGGCCGGCACAAAGUGGCAGUAGUAGUAGUAGUAGUAGUAGUAGUAGUAGUAGUAGUGAUCAGGUGCACCUGAGAAACUGUCUCCAAUUCAGUGGUCCAGCUGGUGGGAAUGAUGGUGACAGGCUGAGUCAUGUGAUCAGACCUACAUGA